CUAUAGGCCCAGAAACCCUGAAUCUUUCGAGGCCAGGGCCUGAAGAAGAAGUUUACACUCACCGGGAAUCAUUGCACAUUUAAAUACGCUUGCACAACCCAAAGAACUCAUCCACUUCCGAUUCUGACUUCUGAGCCUAUUCUUACCAAAAGAAAAUAUGUCAGUUACUUUGCACACAAAUCUUGGUGACAUCAAGUGCGAGAUCUUCUGCGACGAGGUCGCUAAAACAGCAGAGAACUUUUUAGCACUAUGUGCCAGUGGCUAUUAUGAUGGGACUAUAUUUCACAGGAAUAUUAAAGGUUUUAUGAUUCAAGGCGGAGACCCAACAGGAACUGGCAAAGGGGGAACAAGCAUAUGGGGCAAGAAGUUCAAUGAUGAGAUUAGAGAAUCCCUCAAGCAUAAUGCAAGGGGUAUAUUGUCAAUGGCUAAUAGUGGUCCUAAUACUAAUGGGAGCCAAUUCUUCAUAUCUUAUGCAAAGCAGCCACAUCUCAAUGGAUUAUACACUGUGUUCGGCAAAGUGAUCCAUGGUUUUGAAGUCCUGGAUAUCAUGGAAAAGACUCAAACGGGACCAGGUGAUCGACCUCUUGCAGAGAUUAGGCUCAAUCGUGUGACAAUACACGCCAAUCCGCUUGCUGGCUAGUCUUACCUCAGCAAUUGUGUUGAGUUGCAGUGUAGUGAACACUAAUGUGUCAAGACAAUGGAUGAUUUUAGGAUUCAACUCACCAGUAGACGUUUUCCUGGUCACGAAUAUGAAUUAACAACAAAAUUUUUGAGAUAAAGAGGAAAAGUUUGCAGUGGGUACUCUCACCUGCGUAAUUAUGUAUAGUAGCAAUCAGUUCAUCAGAGUUUGUAACAAUGAAAGUUCAAACUUUCAGCAACAUUACUCAAAAAAGAUAGCUGCCAUUUCAGGUUGGGGUGGUCAUGGAUUUUUCUUU